GCAUGGGUCGGUGGGUGUCUGGACCGAAAUCAAUAGCGUACCAACAGUCCGAUGCUCGCUCCGACCAGCUGUGGACGUUUCGACGGCGACAGUCGACGGGAACGAAGCCCAGGAAGAGCGGGAUCGGUUCCACCUAGUCGAGCCAGUGACACGGGAGAGCGUCAUGCCAGUUUUGCCAUGUACUGCUCUCCUUGCCUAAGGUCGUAAAACCAGGUCGUGGCAAUGUGGCCUGGAGCACUGCCGUUUCUGACUGUCCUGACAUGUUUGUUACAUCACACAAGAUGUACCCCAGGGAAGGUGAACUAUCGAGAAAAGGAGAAGCAAGUGCUGGACCAAAUCCUCGGAGAAGGACGGUACGACGCGCGUAUACGUCCCAGCGGCGAGAACGGAACAGAUGGACCCGCACUUGUCCACGUCAACAUAUUUGUUCGAAGUAUCUCAAAAAUAGAUGACGUUACCAUGGAAUAUUCGGUGCAGCUCACUUUCCGGGAACAAUGGUUGGACGAGAGGCUCAGAUUCGAUGAUUCUAAAGGUCGACUGAAGUAUUUAACCCUUACGGAAUCCAAUCGGGUUUGGAUGCCCGAUCUGUUCUUCUCCAACGAGAAGGAAGGCCACUUUCACAACAUCAUCAUGCCUAACAUGUACAUCCGAAUUUUCCCAAACGGUUCGGUAUUGUACAGCAUCCGGAUAUCGCUGACAUUGUCAUGCCCGAUGAAUCUGAAACUGUAUCCUCUCGACCGACAAAUCUGUUCCUUACGUAUGGCCAGCUAUGGAUGGACGACCGAUGAUUUGGUGUUUCUGUGGAAGGAGGGAGACCCUGUCCAGGUUGUGAAGAACUUACACCUACCCAGGUUCACGUUGGAAAAGUUUUUCACGGACUACUGCAACAGCAAAACGAAUACAGGUGAAUACAGCUGCCUGAAGGUGGACCUCUUCUUCAAGAGAGAGUUCAGCUACUACCUUAUCCAGAUCUACAUUCCAUGCUGCAUGCUCGUCAUUGUCUCGUGGGUGUCAUUUUGGCUCGACCAGAGUGCCGUCCCAGCUCGCGUAUCCCUGGGCGUGACGACUCUUCUUACAAUGGCCACGCAGACUUCCGGAAUAAACGCCUCGCUGCCUCCGGUCUCCUACACGAAAGCCAUCGACGUAUGGACGGGCGUCUGCCUGACCUUCGUUUUCGGAGCACUCCUGGAAUUUGCAUUAGUUAAUUACGCCUCGAGAAGUGACAUGCACCGGGAGAACAUGAAGAAGAAGUACCGCGAGAUCGAGCACACAGCCGCCGUCGACCCCACCUCCGAGUUGCUGGAACCGGACGGAUCCACGAACUUCGCCAUGUACAAAUGGCUGUUUCAGAAACCUCUGGUCCGCCACCCGGACGACGCGCUGACGAUGGACAAGAUGCGGCAGUGCGAGCUGCACAUGCAGCCGGCCAAGAAGAACUGUUGCAGAUCAUGGCUGUCGAAGUUCCCGACGAGGUCCAAGCGCAUCGACGUCAUCUCCCGGAUAACCUUCCCGCUGGUGUUCGCCCUGUUCAACCUGGCGUACUGGUCGACGUACUUGUUCAGAGAGGAGGCCGAGGGCGAGUAGACCCAGGGGUCGCUGGGUCGAGAAAACCUGUCUCCCGUCCGUAAUCAUCAUCCACGGGAGCCGUGUCAUCGCGCGUCGUUAUCACCGACUUAUCAGCCAACGAGGUACCACCGUCAUCCGCAUCGUCGCCACCACCGACAUCGGCAACCGGGACCUCCCACGCGAGCCCGCCACCUCUCGAGCCGAGGAGUCCGGGUGCACCGAUCGCCUGGGAUUUUCUAAAAGACGGAAACGUCCGGGAAAUUGACCCUCUCGCCUUCUCUGUCCGGCCCAAGCCUAGUCCGUGAGCGCCGAGCGACGCGUCGCCGGACUUGUGCGCAGUUAGGAAAAAAAGCAGAACAAAGGAAAACACGAUGACCUAACCUAGAUUUCCGUUCUAGUUGUGUCCAGGGCCAAGUCCUACCCCCCUACAGCAGGCGGCCACCGGAACCCCUGAGCAGGAAAUGGGAAUAAGAAUAUAAACGCCAUGAAACCUCCACCAUCCAGUCCUCCGAAUCAUCUGGAUGCUCCAUCUUCUGGAACGCUCCAACUAGAGGAUAUUCGAGCAAUCGGAGGUUUGGAUCGUGGAGGUUCCACCGCCAAUGGUUAUCCAUCUCCCGAAACACGAGUUCCCGGUAAUCUCUCCCCAUGAUUCGGUAGUUAGGACUUACAGUCGGAACUUGGACCAUGUCCGGUGCGCCGUGUAGAGCGCAACUCGGUCGUCCGCCAUCUUGGAUUUGGAUGUUCCUUCCCCUGCCCCUUACUUCGGUGCCGCCACAUCCGAGGUCCGUGACAUGGCGUCGAGUUUCCACGAAACGGGAACACGGAAGAAUUAGACGGUAUCGGGAGUGAAUGCAGACGAUGAGAACUGUAACCAGGGGAGGUAGGGACCCUGGAAUCAAGGAACAGCCAUGGGAGGGUCGUUAAGGGCGAACCGAGUCGGACGCAAAGUGCGACGUAGUUCCGUCGCGUUUCUUAGAACUUCCGACGUUCGCCUACCGUAAAGGCCAUUACAGAUCGUGCAAUGUUCGGGAUUCACGAAUUGCGAGUCGCGGUGCGCCUUGUACAAGUAUUAUCAGGACGGAAUAGUGCCAGAUGGUCGCCAUCUUGGCGGAAGACUCGAUGUCCUCGAAAGGGUCUUUACCGCUCCGGAAGAAAACCCACAAAAAAUUACGCAUACGGUGGUUGGGUGAUUAGUCAUCAAGCAUUCAUGGGACAGAUUGAACGCAAUCGGUUAAAUGUGAACCAUGCAUCGGGAACCAGGAAAAUUAACAUAAUGUGCAUAAUGCGCAAUGCCGGCUCGUCGUAUCGACGAAUUUGUACAAAAUGGCGCAUCGCGAGUCGCGAAGCACAUACAUAUACAAAGUCCGUGGCGGGCUUAAGAGGUCGCAUUCUCUAGCGAGGGAUUAUCUUCUUGGAAAUCUCGAUAGGAAAAGCGCCGUACUCCCGGUCCCUGGCUGAAGCUCGGGUUUCGCAAACUUCCCCGAAGUUGGCUGCAGCUCUUGGCCGGAAGGUAUGGCGAUACUCUAAGUGCUAUACAAAUUUGAUACCCAACUAGACCUGACGACAGCACUCCCACCCCGAGGACGCGUUAAGGCCAAAGGACACAGGCCUAAGGGGACGCUCAACGUUCCGGGACCGUCGACGGCCAGAUAACGAUAGUAGAUAUAACCCUUCGUAAUCACGACCGCGUUAACGAUAUCGUGGACCCCUUGGUUUCGGAAUCGGUCGGUCCAGCCGAGGAUAACGCUACGAUGUAUCGCUUUAGAAGUCAAAUUGAUUCCACCUAGCUGCAGUCUGGUGUCUGGUCCAUGAUAAAAAAUGAGUGGAGAGGAUUCAUCCCGACCGCACACCAUAUCAUGGGGAUAUCAUGACCCUGCCAACGAAAACAAGAACAUUAUUAGCGGGAUACCGGAUACAUGAGAAAUGUCUAAAAUGUGGUGAAUGUUUUAAAAUUGCAAACGUCAUACCGCCUACGUCGGAUCACUCUUAUCUGUUCUCUGAGGCAAUCGAGUUUUCAUAUUUAUGGGAAUUAUGGUCGAGAUGUGGAAUUUAUCAUUGCGGCUUUUCUCUCUUUCUGCCGCCUCGAGACGUUAUUUCCCGGACCUAGAGGCUUACGAAACUAAGGGGUUCUUAUAAAUAUACAUUUAUAUACAUAAAUAUAUUGUACAUGUUGAAGAGUAAAAUUAUAUUGCGUUAUCGACACCAUUACCGUAACUUCUUCAAAAGUGUAACGUAACCACGAGGUUAAUGGGAGCAUCGUUUGAACAACCGGAUGUUGUUUACGUUAAUCGUAAGCCGAGUGGGAUUACUUUCUUCAACUUAAUUUAAUCGAGGAGAAGUGUCACGUUAUUCAAUUAGUUUCGGCGAGCUCUUUUUGCGUGUAAUCCGAAAGUUGUGUUGGAGAGGGUGAGCAUCGCGUCUUGCUGGAGAGAUAUCGUCUAGGAUAAUUCGAACGGUGUCGUAAGGUACUCGUUAAGGCACAGUCGUCCUUGCAGCAACUCUUGUAUACAUGGUUACGAUACAGUUAAUAUAUAAGCAUUACCUCGGAGAACAAUGUCCAAACCUUCCGGGAGUUAGGCCACGACCGAACGACUCCAUCGGGAAGUUCCGCUAUCCAAAACUUGCACAAGUUUAUCCGACUUAAACGAGUCUCGUUAAUUUUCAAAGUCACUCGACGGCUUCCAAACCUGGGGAGAAAUUGGGACGCAGGUAAAACCUCACCUGGUGAGGUGUGGGUUCCAAUUUGACAUCAGGUGUCGCCAUUUGCCGCAUCCGAGUAUCGUUCGCAAUGGACUAAGUGCGCAUUAAGUGCAGGAUUCACCGGAAGUGCCGAAAUUUCCAACGACUCCAAUGGAAUCCAUCAUUGGAAAUUUCUGCACAAUCGGUAAGAAUAAGUUCUGCACUAGCUAAGCAUUAAAUCGAUCGCGAACUACGCUUUAAAGGCCGACUGACGUUAUCACUGUAAUUCAGAGUCAAUCAGGAAAUGUUGCACACUUAACGGCUUAAACGUAACAAAGAGCAAUACUUGAGUCAUGGGAACCAAACGAGGGUUGCCAAUUUUAGUGGUUAAAUCGUAAUUGCCAUUCAGUCAAUACAGGACGGUCUGCGGUUAAUCGAUCGAAGAUCGGGCCUUUUGAAAGCCAAUCGUCGAUUGUUCUCCGCUGACCUGAAAUAGACCUACUGUUAUCAGGUGGACAGCAACUGAACGCACCCUCCCCCUGUACAUCGUCUUAGAAACGGUUAAUAACGGGAACAGAGGGUCGUAGGCGGACAGAAAAUGUAACCCGAGUAUUUAGGUUGGAAUAGAUGUUCUGGUAACGCGAAACUCUACCGUGAACCUAGACGACCCGACAGCGAUUUCCGUUCCGCCCUUAAGGGUGUCCGAAACCGUGUCCUCGUCAAAUGGGCGCACCAAAACUGCAGUUUUCCGCCAUUUUCUAAAGUUACUUAGAAAAAUCAGAAAAGGUCACAAACUCCAACCUGACGUCGGAACAUUGAACUAUUAGUGAAAAAACCAGGAUAAAUUAGGUGUAACUUGAUGAAGUCAAAUAUCGCGCGCAGCGAAAUUCUGACUUAAGGGGCUAUACCACUGUGAACGUCGAAAAAAUCACACAUUUUUGACAUUUUUUUGUCUCAAAAAGUACUGCAUAUAAUGGUACAAACUUCUUUUUUCUUUCCAUGAAAGGUCUAAUGUAGGGGAAUACAUGACAAUUUUUCUUUUUCUUAAAAGAUACAUAUUUAUUUACUGAUUAUUACAAACGUAGAAUAAUAACAAAAAUUGUUUGCACCGGGCGCAGGUGACUUUUCAAAAACGGGUGAACCGAUCGUGUUUAAAUUUUAGCACUAUAUUCGGCAAACACACAGUUAUCGCCCGUACCUCGUGGUAAAAUUACAAUUUUAACACAUACUUUUGCCUCAAAAAUGUUUAACUUUUUCGGCGUUCACUAUGGUAUGGCCCCUUAAGGGAGACGGACCCAAGACCAAAAUACGAAACAUUUCAUAAACAAUUCGAGAAAACUGCGAUCUUGGUGCGCUUAGCUGGCAGAAAUUCGGUCUCAAACCCCUCCAAAGGGACCUCCCCGAAGUGUAAUAUACGUUUUCUCUUUUUUUCCACCCGUUACCUCCAGUGCACUGUAUUAACGCGAACGCGCGAACUGCACUCGCGAUUUCCUGCACUGUGUAAUGUGACGAUUUUCACUUUCGACAUCCGAAUUUAGAGAAAUAGCGAAGUAUAGGGUACAGAGCGCGUUUAAUGCGGUGCAUGUUUAAAUAAUAAUGAGGAGUCGACAUCUCGCAGCGACGGUUACCUGCACGAUUUCUUGUAAUUAACACUCUCACGACACGCGUAGUAUACGCACUAGUUGCAUGUAGACCUCGUUACUCCAUACAAGUAACGCUCCUAUGCUGAUGGUAGAGCAAGGAGGGAAAAUUGGACGGAAAGAUGGGCUCUGUUCUUUUUAAAUAGUUAACCGGCAGUAUAGGAGCGUUACCAGGUUACACCGUUCAUUAAGGGUCCAUCUUGGGCGUUGUUCUUUCACGGAGGGUCUCGUAAGUGACAGAACAACCGAUGCAUUACUCCGAGUGCAUUACACCGUACGGUACGGGUGGACACCAACUGUGUAUAUACUAGUUGUAGUGGAUCAUGCGUUUCGACGACAUGUGAGUAUCGUAUAUCCAACGUAUGUCGUAUUUAUUACUAAAGAGCAGAAAGAAGAAAAUUCAGUAAGACGGGGAUAAACAAAAAAAAAAAAGAAUCAAAGAAGGGAAUCGAAGAAAAUGAACGCAUCGGGUCCGGUAGAAAUAAGCGCACACGCACGACUGCGUGCAACGUACGCCGAAGAAAGGAUCAAAACGAAAAAAAAAAGAGAGAAAAUUGUU